CCGCAACUUUAAGACAGAAGAAGACUUUAGUUUAGCAAGAAACUCGCAUCCAACGGCAUGUUAUCCCGAACAAAAUCGACUGAAUUAAAUUAAUUUCGCCAUGAAUAUUCUGAGAAAAGUGGUAAACCGAAGGUUUUUAUGUCAGCACAAAGAACUGGCUGGCAUUCGAACAUUAUUUACACCGGGUACAUUAGGAGUAACUGCUUACAUUUCGAAUCGUGAAUUGGAAUUGAUGUACACCUCACAACCGGAGCAAUUUAAAGAAGAGUUUCGAGGCAAAGUUGAAUUAGCCGUCCCAUUGAAUUUACUCGUUGACAAUCUGAAGAAAUAUUUACAUUUGAUGAGUAGCCAAAGGGACGACAUUGAAUUGCUAUGGAAAGCAUUGCGUCUGUUCAACACAAAACGUGAUCAGUGGCAACAAAAAUCCCAAAUAGACAUCAAAAAGAAUUAUAUAUUCGGGCCGAUUACAAUGCGAGUAUUGCACUACCACGAUUUACCGGAGUGUGCAAUUAAGUUUUUCGAAGAUGACAAUAUAACCCACUUGUUCGAUCAGCUGAUAACCUAUCAAAUUCUGCUGGACAUGCUGUACGACCGGAAAAUGUAUGGUGAUGUGCUGCGUAUCUAUGAUGAAGUGAAAAAACGCAUUCUAGCACAAAACCAAUAUGUUUCGAAUGCAAUAAAUGCCAUUGUUUUUGCAACGUAUUAUCGCUUGAAUACACCGAACCACGAUGAACUUGCCUACGAUAUGUACAAUGAGCUGAAGGCGUGUGGCCAACAUGAAAAACAAUAUCGAAAAAGUAUUGCCCUAGUUGCCGCUAUGAGACUUAAACGCCAUCAACCCGACGAAAGCCUCGAAAUUCUAUCGAUUCAUGAUGACAUUGAUGUUAAUAUUCGCUAUGUGCGAAUUCUAUCGUAUACAUUUUUAGCCCAAUUUGAAGAGGUAUUUCGAUUGCUUGAAAUGACACUUGCACCAACUCACACCGAUCAAAUCAUUAAAAUACCCGACCAUUUGCUGCAGAAAAUCGAAAGAGGGCUCAAGAAAACCAGCAAUGACAAUUAUAACAAGCGAUACCAAUCGAUAUAUGAUGAACUUAAACGCUUGGACCGGAUCCUUUAUAAAAGACUGGAUGAUGUGCUGUGUGCUCGGUUUCCCACACAAAUGGCUCCGUACAAACCAAAUAAAAAAUUUGGCCAUGGAAGUUUCUAGUCAUUACUUUAAUCGGAUCCGAUCAAAAUGUACAUAAGUUUUCAAAUAAAAACAAAGAACAAAUCGUUAAAUAAACUCAAAACGUUUUUUACUUCU